UGCUGGCCCAGACCUGCACCUCCCUCCCAGGCUGUGAACGGCAGAAGGGUAUGGGAUCGAGGACUCCACCCCUCCCGAACCAGCUCCAGAAAGCACUUAGCUUUGUGUAGUUCGUUCGGGUCGCAGCUAGGGAGUGCGCCUGCGCUGCACUGCUUCCGGAUUGAGGGACUGCCCUUGCGCAUCACCGCUUUUUCCGCCUUCUCCAGCUGCUGCAAGGGCUCAAGGGUGCAGACUUGCGUCCUUAUCAAUGGACUUGAUUGGUUUUGGUUAUGCAGCCCUUGUGACAAUUGGAAGUGUUUUGGGAUAUAAGCGAAGAGGUGGAGUUCCAUCUCUGAUUGCUGGGCUCUCUGUAGGCCUUUUGGCUGGCUAUGGAGCCUACCGUGUCUCCAAUGACAAACGGGAUGUCAAAGUGUCACUGUUUACAGCUUUCUUCCUGGCCACCAUAAUGGGUGUGAGAUUUAAGAGGUCCAAGAAAGUAAUGCCUGCUGGUCUAGUCGCAGGCUUAAGCCUCAUGAUGAUCCUGAGACUUGUCCUGCUGCUGCUGUAGCAUCCAGAGAAGCGGAGAGCCAAACUCCCACCAUGCUGCUGGGCCUGGCAGAGCAGGCUCUUGCUUUAGAGUGAUCAAUUUAAAUACAUGGGAAAUGUCUUACAUCGAAAUGAAAAUAAUGUUGUCACCCUAAUAUUUAAGAAUAAUUGGCAAUGUUUAUUCGUUCCCCCUGCAACGCCUUUUUAUUUAAUGCACAGAUUUUAGAUGUUUCCAUUUGUAAAUCCCAGUCUUUCGUGAAUUAUGACAUGCUUGUUUGCUUUGACUCACUUUGUAUCUGGAAAUUGGGGGCUGGAUAUUUUCUGCCUUUGACAAUCCCAGACACUUAGGACUAAAAUAAGUUAACUGCAACCUGUCAGAAGAUGGGACUGCUGGAGGGGACCACAGGGAGUGUGAAUGAGCUGUGUGUGACUUUGUCCAUUAGGGGUUCUGUUUGCAUUGUUGGGGGUGGAGUAAGUUUGCACUGAAGGGAUUCUGUUCUCAGUACAUCAAAUCCUGACCAAAUGUAAUCAGUGUUUAAAUAAAAUGCAUCGUAUUC